AUUCAUAACAUGAGGAGGUACAGUUAUCCAACCCCUGAAACUGGGAUUUACCCCUAUGUCAGAGUUGCAACUGUUAACUCCAUUGAGUGGACUCUAACUACACUGAUGGUCAGUAGAAAUCCUAGAUGUAUUUACAUUAAUUAGUUUUACUAGUAGAAGUAACUAUUUUUAUAACUUACAAACAUUUACAGAGAGGUGGUGAACCAAUUGACCAAGAACACCUUCAGUUAUGGCAAGGAGAUGUGACAUCCAACCAUACCGUAACUGAAACCUCGGAGUAUUUAGAGUCCGAAGUGCGGCGAACGCAGAUGGAACACAUCAUUAUGGUAAUUUAUCAGUAUAAUCAUUUACUCACCUUUUAACCAUUCCUAAUAGCAUCCCAUCGUAAUAAGUAAUUAAUACAAUUACUAAUAACUUUUAAUUUAUUCCAGCUUGAGCCUGCACUUCUGAUGAAUAAUGACUCCCAUUUCACAAAUACAAGAGGAAAUAUCCUCAUAUAUUUAGCCAGAACAGCUCCACUGCCUCCAAUCGGCUAUCAUCAGAUAACCUAUUCAGAGGCAGCAGACCGUUUUGUUCAAAUAUUAAGAUCUGUGAGUGGGGGUCAUUUAACCAUAGAAUUCAGCAGCACCUAUGAAGAUUACUACAGAAGGCCACGUGAUCCAUUUUGGAUACUCAUCACACAUGAGGUAAGACUAGUAUCAAUGUUCACUAUUAAAUAGUACAGUAGUAUGAUUUAGUACCAUGUAAAAUAUUUAUUGCAUAAUUUACAUCAUUUUGUUUUUCAGAAUAACGGCAGAAUUCCUGAAGGAACACGCUGGUUGUAUUACAAUUCGACCGGCGAAGGGUCCUACAUUUCCCAUGUAUUUAGAGGGACCCCCGGACUUCUUAGUCGGAUCGAAGAACAACACAAUCAGCACCUGAUGGAUGCCGUUUCAGGCCUUCGACCAGUACCUUCUGAACCUGUUGCUGGACCAUCCAGAAGGAUAAAUCCCACGCCCGUGGAUGACUUCGACCCGUCACAGGCACAGGGGAACGAGCUUCUCUCUGACGAAGUACUACCAUCUUCACCUCGUAGUCCUUCGCCAGAGACCUCUUCUUCCCAUACACUGCUAGAGCCCCAUCCUCUCUGCCGGAGCUGCCAACGGGAAGAAAGAAUCCUACGUCAAAGAAUGGAGUUUUUUCUAAGGGAUAUCGAUGCCGACAGUGGUGACAGAGCUUCGUGGAGAGCUAUCGGCCACCUCAACACCACUAGGACAGAACUAAGGGAGGUGUUGACAUUGGCAGAUUCCGCAAUUGGAAUGGCCAGCCGAGCAGAGAUGGCAGAAGUUGCUCCAGUCAUCUGGAACGAGAUCCGGACGUCCUUGGAGCGGAUCCUCGUGAUGACAGGACAACAGAUGGACGAUAACAUCAUUCGAGGUCAAGAAACCCCAACCGAACCUCAACGGACCAUCACCUGCCAGAUCUGUCAGGAUGCUCUCCCAACGAUUGUGAUUCAGCCUUGUCACCAUACCCUUUGCCCGGCAUGCGCUAUUCGAUUAUACGUUUGCCCGUUCUGUCGAAAGACAGUAACGGGCAGAAAAAGACUCUAUUAUGACGGAUGAGUUCAAUUACUAAAACAUAGAGUAAACUUUAAAUCAAAUUUCAUUAUCUUUUCUCAUACCAUAUAUUCCAUUAAUCACAAUUUUACAUUUUUUUAGAUUUAUAAUUUUAUGUU